AUGGCCGACCACGACGGCGAUACCGCGAUGCCAGAUUCUGAAGAUGCAGCUCCUGCCAUGACGCCCGGCAGCGACGUCACAGUUUCUCGCACACUCCGUCACGCUUGCUUGGACGUGUGGGGAGCAUUGAAUCCGAGUUCGAAAGUAGGCCUGAUGCACCAGGGCAGAAGCAACAGACUUGCUGCAGCCAGCAACGUCAUCACCAGCCCCGAAGGCGCCCCUAUUGAUGCUGCGCUGUAUGUUGGUGAUAUGGAUGUCAACUUCGCACAGAUGUCGCAACAUGAGCGCUGGGACUGGUGCCGCCGUAUGUUUGAACAGGGGAAGCUUAAGCCGGGUGAUUUGGUCUUCCUCGACAACAAGGCUCUCCUUCCAGUAAUCCGGCGCACCUCCAAACGGUCCGGACGGUCCAUACCUAUCGGCUUCGAGAAGCUUCUCUCGCAUCUGUCCGAGGAUCAGCUGGAGCACUGUUCCUUCAUCAUCGCUACAUAUCCAGGUGCGCCUGGUAUGGCUGCUAUCUUGCCCAUUAGAGAAGAUCGUAGACACUUAAUUGUGGACCAAUCCGAUGCACCAAUUCCAGCCCGCUACACCGUGUAUGCAUUCCCACAGAGUCGCCUUGCUGAAGCUUUCAGAAACCUGACGKAUUCGAUUCGAAUGAGUGGCGAAUGCAUUGUACCUGGCACUGGAUACCGCUACGAUCCAAGUCAAUACCUUGUAAAGGCACCACCCGCAGCGUUUCUGGACAAUACGAACGACGGCUCUGCGGCGUGGAGAGCAUGGGAAUUCUGGGCAGCUGGAGUCAAGGCUUGUUCGUUCGCUGCUGACGAGGGGCUUUCCGUGGACUUCACAGCUGUGCCAGAGUUCGGGGACGGGAUCCUUGAGUCCAGUCUACGCUCGGAAAUCUGGCUAUGGGAGUUCAAACCUGACUUGGUCGAAGAGGAGAGUGGCAAAGUUCAAAUCAACACUGGCGCUCUAAAGUCCAAGGAGCCGGAAGUUCGCAGGAGAAGGUCAAUGAUGCACCCCAAUCGGGCCUGGGAAUGGCUGCUGUUGUUGAACCGACGCCGCAACUACUGCUACUGCCUGCCGUGCUCUGCUGUUGCCCCGUCAUGGUGGUCUGAUGCCAAGAUCAUCGAGAUCGAUCAAGCCACCAUCGCGGAGUUCAAGUUCUCGCUUAACGGGAAGAAGUGGUUUGAUCCGAUAUACAGACUGAUCACAAGCGAAUCACACAAUCGUCCCGUGAGAUCUGAGGCUCUGCUCGAUUCGCGGACGGUGCAUGACGAUGAAGCAUUCGCAGCAUUCAAUGCCGUCCCAAAGGACGUCGACGGAGGGGGGGUAAAUGCAAGAUACAAUAGAAUCAGCCGGUCGGACUAUGGGCUAGGGUGCUGGUGGAAGACUGAGCGACUCAACGACUACGCCAUGCACGCUGGCUUUGGCUGUGUGUUGCCCCUACACCAGGUCAGAUUCGCAUCAAAUGUUUUUGUACCCCGCGUUGCAGGCGCUACUGAUAAACAUGUGUGGCAUGUCAACGCCCACAAGUUGCCGAUUGCACUUCACUCUGGAGACUUUGCCCAGGACGCGCCAAUGCUUGUACUCUCGGCUUCUAGUCGCACGAUUUUGCGCAGGUCAGGAAACGACGCAGAAUCCCUUACCGUUUUCUUAGGAGACCAGCUCCGAGAGCCCCCGUUCCCGGUCCUGUUCUUGUUGGAUCUCUACAUUGGCCGUCCUGAGUAUCACGAGCACUAUCCUAGAUCUCAGUAUCUGAUCCCAUCGGAAUGCGUCAAUUUCGAAGCGAUUCGCGGUUACUGGGCUACGGAGCUCGGAAACGACGCCACGGUAUCCUCGCUUCAAGACUUCUGUGCCUAA